AUGAGGGUCAUCAGAUUCAUGGAUAUGCAAUGCCAUUCACCACCCGAAGCCAAAUCCUUACCUCCCACUCACGUUGAAAACUAUCUGGAUGCAAGUGAAAGCAAUCCAAGCUCUAGCAAAGUAGAAGACUCCAUAUUCGUCCAAGUGGGUGAUGAUCGAGGCCAUAGAACCGAAGCUCGCAAUCAUGUUAUGCGCUGGUUUUGGCGCGAGAAAAAGUUGCAAAUGACCAAGAAAGCUAGAGUGCCUUGA